AUGGACGUGGGGAAGGAUGAAUCUCAUCUGAAGCUCCUCCAGACACCUGACCCUCAUCCACGGAGAGCCCAUGUCCCAGAAGUCAUUGGAACUUGGAGUCUGAGGAACAGAGAGCAACUCAGGAAGAGGAAAGCCGAAGUGCAGGAGAAGCAGACGUCGCAAUGGCUCCUUGGAGAACAGAAAAAACGCAAGUGUCAAAGCACAGGAAAAGGAAAUUCAAGAGGCCGAACGAGACAAAGAGGCACAAAGGUGCAGGCAGAAAAGCAAAGGGUGCAGGAAGAAAUGGAGUGCCCUGUAAGCCCCGUGACUGCAGUCCCCCCACUGGUGGUGUGCCCCCCAGAAGCUGUGCCUGCACAACACUGUGCUGAAGUGCACCAGGAGGGAGCAAUACAGAACCACUCUCAAACAUACAAACACACGGCCAAACCGGAAGACCUCUCUCCUAGCACGUGCCAGGAAAUGACUGCACUUCAACAUUCUUCUAAAAUGUGCCAAGACACGGCUGAACCCGAGGUGCUCUCUCCUAAAAUGUGGUGGGAAACAGCCGUGCCCCAAGACCAUUCUUCAAAAGCACCCCAAGAUACGGCUGGACCUGAGGCGCUCUCUCCUAAAAUGUCCCAGGAACCAGCUGUACCCCAAAACCACUCUUUCAAGGCACCCCAAGAUACGGCUGGACCUGAGGCGCUUUCUCCUAAAAUGUCCCAGGAACCAGCUGCGCUUCAAGAACAUACUUUGAAAAUGUGCCAAGAUGUGGCCAGGCCUGAAGUCCUGUCUCCUAAAACACAUCAAGAGGCAGCCGUUGUUCCCUGGACAACACUUGGAGAUGCUGUUGGCCCAGGAUGCUCUCCUGCAGCACUCCCCCCAUCAGAUGUGCCUGAAGGCUGCCCACUUGACGCAUGCCCCAAAUCAGUCACACCAGAGAAAACCGCUUGCCAAGCAGAUCAGGGCUUGGCUGUGACUGAAGGCUGCUUUCCUGAAACACGAGAACCCAGUGCAUCUGAAGACGUUUCUAUAAAAACACUCCAAGGAGGAACGGAACCUGAAUUCAUUUCUCAUGAGAUCUACAAACUCACUGAGCCUAAAGUUUCCUCUCCUGAAACAAUCCAAGACUCACCUGGGCCUGAAGAAUAUUCACCUGAAGCCUGCCAUGAAAUGCCUGGGCCUGAAGACCUCUCUAUCAAGACCUGUGAGAAAAGGGAUGGGCCUAAAGACUACCUUCCAGAACAAACCCAGGAAACAGGUGGGGCCCAAGGACAGGACCCUCUUGCCUACCAGGACAGUGAUGGUGCCUAUCGUUUCUCUCAAGAAACGAAGGAAAAAGCCAAAGCAGAUCAAGAUCCAGAAACACCAUCAAGUCCACAGGGUCUACAAGAGAACUGCUCAGAAGACGACCCUGAUAGCUAUGUUCUGUCUUAACAAUACUCAGCGAUGAAUAUAGCAUACACAUCUUCUCUUGUAAAAUUUUACUGAAACAUUGUAGCAAUUGCUACAAUUU